AUGCUACCUUAUCCUCAAGGCCCAGCUCUGACAUCCGCUCAGGAGAAGCUCCUAUGGGAUAACGAUGUCGUCAGGAACCUCACCGAAGAGCAGUGGAAAGCCUUUGGGCAAUGGGUGGGAGCGAAUGACCCAACGCCCCUGGAAGCAAAAUAUUGGAUCACCAAAGAAAAUGAUCUCGAUCUCAACAUCUUUUCUUUGCAGACUUUGGCUUUGCUCGUCAAGCACGCCAAAUUUGCACACUGCGGGCAAUCCUCCAAGACCUUGGAGCAAUCUUAUACGGAAGAUGACCUAAUCGUACGCAAACCAGGCUUUGGUUUACUUCUCGACCACAUGCCUGAUGAGAAAGACCGGUUCCCUAUACUGUUUCCUGAUGAUAUUGAUGAUGGUUGGAACGCUGUUGUCCUUCUUAUCCGGGAAUGCUGCAUGCUCAAAGUCAUAUAUGAAUUGUCUGAUAAACAAAGAUGGUGGGAGAAGAUCAACGACAACGAAAUUGCAACAAAAUGGAAAAAGGAAGCUCUGGCUAUGGGACUGGAAAUCCUAUCUUAG